GACCAUACAACCAAAACUUGGCUGCAAUGCUAACACGAACAGCAAUAAGAACAAUGUCUAAAACAACCGCAAAUGUACACAUACUUGGAGCAGGAGCUAUGGGAUCACUCUUGGCCCAUGACUUGAAACAACAAUUCCCUCAAGAUUUCCAUCCCACUUUACUUGUUAAACCAGGAAAGCUGCUUGAUUCAAAUACCCAAACCAUAAAGCUUGCACGUCAAAUAGGACCCAAUUGGACAACCGAUAGUGUCACUGUAGAUGCACUCAAACCUAGUGAUUUCCUCAGCAGUGUCACCAAGUAUGAAAAGUCCGGACAUAUUGACAAUUUAAUAAUUUCGACUAAAGCUCACCAAACAGCACUGGCAUUGUUACCUUUUAUUCCUUAUAUCAGUGAAAAAAGUAAUAUUUUGAUUGUUCAGAAUGGUAUGGGAAUACCUUCGCUCUUGAAAGAGAAGUUCUGGGCUAGAAAUUGCCCUAAUAUCUAUGAAGUAGUUGCUACUCAUGGUGCAUAUAUUGAUGAUGAUGGAGUAGUAAGACAUGCAGCACCUGGAAAGCUCACCAUUGCCAAGUUUCCUGGUGAGAAUAAACAAGACACCCCUGCAAUAGUUCAAAUGCUAUUGGAUACUCCCACAUUGAAUGCUACUCUUGUAGACUAUGAACAAUUCUUGGUUAUUCAAUGUGAAAAACUUGUUGUUAAUUGUUGUAUUAACCCAUUAUCUGCAUUGUUUGACUGUUUUAAUGGUGAGCUUCUUUAUGGGGGAGAUCAGCUUAGUUCGAUGUACAAGAGAAUCAUUAAUGAAGCAAUUACAGUGUUAUACUUGGAAUACCCGAUGUUAAACCAAAUCACCGAAGCCUCGAUAUACUUGAACCCGGAAAGACUCUUUACUCAUGUUGUUUCCACCACAGAAGCAACUGCCAAGAAUAGUUCGUCAAUGAGACAAGAUGUGCGUAUGCUUAGGCUUACCGAAGUUGACAAUAUGAAUGGUUACAUCUCAUAUUUAGGAAAAAAGCACAAAUCAGGUACCUUGGGUAAUGCCAUGAUUUGUGAUUUGGUCAAGAUGAAAUUGGCCAUAAACAAAGGGGUCAAUCAAGCUACAACCGAUUCAUUAUUGGAUAUAAGUUUAAAAUAGAUCUAUAGAUUCGAAAGUACAUUCGUUGCAAUGGUUACUCUAUCGUUAUAUAACCCGCCAAUAACCUUCUUUCUUUCUCUAGUGACUAAGUCUGUUUCGUUAUUGAACUCAAGAUGUUUAUACUGUUCUGCUUCGUGAAUCACUUUGUUUAAUAUAGUUUUAAGAAGUAUAUCUGAUUUAAGUUUGAAUACCACUCCAUCAGUUAUACCGUUGAUCAACCCCAUCAACUUUCUUGAUUCAGUUGGUGUAUUCUCCUGUAGAACAGCCAAUGCAACCUCUGUUCUAAACGAUAUCCCUUCUUUAUUCACAGUAUAGUUACCCCAAUAAUCAUGUUCUUUCAAGAAUCGUUUCUGUUCACUAGUGAACAAAGGCCUCAAGUAUUCUGUGACAUCCAAAUCAUUCCACUUAUUAUCAGAAAUAGUGAACCCAUAUUCGCAAAGCAAAAAGUCGUUGCUAUGAGGACCAUAACUUAAAUACACUUGUUCAUUUUCGGAAUAAGCACAUGUGGAAAACACUUGAAACCCACGACCAUCAAUUUUCAAAGUACAAUGAUCAUUAGGCGAAUGAUUCAAAAAAUCAACGUAUGGAGCCAUGGUAAAAUUAUCACUUGCUGAUUUGGAUGUGGGGAGGUUCAUGUAAAGACAACGGGAAUUAAUACAAAUCCAAGCAAGGAGGAACUGGUCGAGGGGAAGAACUGCUUCUGUAUUGUCAAUUUUUGUCUGGAGAAGAGCUGUCACUGUAUUGUAAUCUGACGUAAACCUUGUAUAUACUUUCUCGCUGGUUUUUCUGAUUGGUUGUGGAAGUAAAUCAAGGAGAUCGUGUUGGUUGUUGAUCUGCCAUACCAAUGGCAUUAAUUCAAAGUCUGCUAUAGAAGGUAACAUGUCAAGGAAUGGUUUCCAGAAGGAGGACUUGCCUCGUUGAGUUUCUAUAGUAAUGUACAUUCCUAACAAUUGAAACGACGAAAGGUCGAGUAAUUCUUCUUUAGUUAGUGAUUCAUAGAUCUUGGUGAAUUCAUCAUGAAUUGUUUCAAACGGAGUGUAAAUGUUGGAGGUGGAUAGACUUGCAAUUGUAUUGUACUUGGAAAUAUGAGACAACACAGUUGUUGUGUUAAGUAAGAAUGACGGUGGGAUACGUAUUACCAACUCUGACUUGUUGAGAUGGCCAUUGGUGUAAAUACCUCUACCCGACCCUUUAACAUCACGGACUUCAAGCUUGGGUGAAAUGUACGAAUAUGACGAAGGCUUAAGCUUCUCAUCUUGAGUAUUGUGAAUCCAUUCUAGUAGCGACACCAAUUUAGUGUCGAGAUGGAUCAUUUGUGUCUGAU